AUGACUCUAACUCAGACCUGCAGAGUUGUGGAGAUUAGACCAGUAGCUGAGAAGUUGUCUGAUCCAGGGAGUUUCACAAUUCCCUGCACCAUUGUUAACUUUGCCUUUGCCAAGGCACUUUGUGAUUUGGAGCUGGCUGAUAAAACUGUGAAAAGACCCUCUGGUAUUUUGGAUGACGUGUUGAUACAAGUAGGGAAAUUUGUGUUCCCUGCAGAUUUUGUGAUUCUAGAUUGUAAGGUUGAUGAAGAAAUUCCCAUAAUUUUGGGAAGGCCGUUCUUGGCCACAGGGAGAGCUCUCAUUGAAUGUGAAACCGGGAAGCUCAAGAUGAGGUUGAAUAAUGAGGUUAUAACAUUCAACGUGCAGAAAUUUAUGAGGCAACCAAGUGAAUUCACCAAUUGUUCUCUUAUUGAUGUCGUGGAUGUAAUCGUGGAAGAGGAUGAUGAGACAUUGACUAUUGAAGAUCCUCUUGCUGCAUGUCUUGUGAAUUUAGAUAAGGUGAACAUGGAAGAAUUAACAGAAUGGGUGCUGGCUCUAGAGUGCAGAGGGUUUUGGGAGAGAACACUUGAAUUCGAGCCCCUACACUUAGGAAACAGAGAAACUUCUCCAACCAAGCCAUCCAUAGAAGAACUACCAAAGUUGGAGUUGAAGCCACUGCCCGCCCAUCUCAGGUAUGCGUUCCUAGGACCUAAAUCCACUUUACUUAUUAUUAUCUCAUCAAGUAUGUUAGAUGUGCAGGCACAACAGCUUUUGCAGGUACUCAAGGAGUGCAAGGCUGCCAUUGGGUAG